UUGAGCGCGUAGGCAACUUCAACGUCCUGAAGUUGGCGCGCGCAUCUGGUGCGCACUUCUGGAAAUAAAACUGUGCAGCGUCUUUCAUGGAGUCUAUGAACCAACGAAUAUGUUUCUUAGAUCGUGUGAAAUCUCAUCUCGACCAGACUGAAACGACCGGAACUUGGUGGCCACUUUAUUAUGGUGCGCAUCCAAGACUGAUAUUUAAACGCACGCAGUAGUCUAGUCUACAUCAUCUUCGUUCCCAGUGCGGUACCUUUAACUUUCGGAGAAAGAGCGCAAGCGUAUGGACCGCUGUCGGUGAACUGAAAGUGUUGAUCAUGCCAUAUAAUGAGUUAGCUAAUAAUAAAUGCAAGAUGUCCAAAGAUCUGUGCAAUGGGAGUUGUACUAAGAGAGAAAUGUCUGUGACCUCAACAGUCAUUUCAAUGACGGUGGGCAUCAUAUCCAACAUUCUGGCCCUCUUCAUUUUAAUUAAAGCCUACCGCAGGUUCAGAUUAAAAUCAAAAGCAGCCUUCCUCUUGUUUGCUAGUGGUUUGGUGGUGACUGACUUCUUUGGACAUUUGAUCAACGGUUCUCUGGCUGUCUACGUUUAUGCCUCACAGAAAGACUGGGAAAGAUUCGACCCACACAAAUCUCUGUGCGACUUUUUUGGAGUUUGUAUGGCUUUCUUUGGACUGACUCCUCUGCUGCUGGGAAGCCUGAUGGCAGUUGAGCGUUGCAUCGGAGUGACCAAUCCUCUCUUCCACACCACAGCACUGGGGUCCCAUCACGUAAAGAGGUUGUUGGGUAUGACCUGGCUCCUGGGUCUCCUGGUAGCCCUGCUUCCCAUCCUUUUCCAGCGUCCAUACCAGGUCCAGCGUUCCCGAAGCUGGUGCUUCUUUCGCCUACAGGGGCUGCAUGACUGGGUUGAUGUGCUUCUUCCAGUAUUGUUCUCUGUUGUGGGUUUGCUGGCUCUUCUUGUCUCACUUAUCUGUAAUACUGUGACUGGUCUGACUCUCCUGCGGUGUCGGGUACAACUUGACCGAGAUGAUCAUCGCCACAGUCGUAAUACAUCACACCACUCUGAAAUGGUCUGUCAGCUUUUAGCCAUUAUGUUGGUUUCCUGUGUCUGCUGGGGACCCAUUUUGAUAACAAGCAUCAUUUUAAGCCUACAGGACCAUGGUGAGGAUCAGACUUCAUACACACAAAUGUUGCUGGUUGUUCGCUUGGCAACAUGGAAUCAGAUUCUUGAUCCAUGGGUCUACAUCCUCCUUAGGAAAUCUGUGUUAAAGAGGCUUUUCCAUGUGGCAUUGAGGCUUUGCAGUCAUCAUCCAAAACAAAUAUUUCGGUGGCAGGGAAGCACUCUGGGGAGUUCAGUGAUCAGCCGACCAGACUUCAUCCGCCUGGAUGGACGUUUUCUACCGGAUACAGCGAUCCAAUCAGACUAUCAUCUCCCAUGAGGUUUAGCUGAAGGUCACUUACAGGUUUUUGAGGGUUUGGCUUUAAACUUUAGGCUCUGUUGAAUCAACCAAGUUUAAACUUUAAUUUUAAAAAUGCUGUUAAAGGUCACAGUUACACGUUUUAAACAUAUGCUGUAUAUUUAAGCUAUUUAUGUAAUUAGGCAUAUUGAUACUUGGAUGAUCUUUUAGGUGACUACAGUAAAUGCUGUAUUAAUGAGUUGUUCUUAUCAGCUUUAAAUUGUUAUUUUGAUUUUUGCUACUGUUUCUUUGUCUUGUGAUUUUAGCACUGGCUGCUGAUAUGUUUGAAGCAUUGAUGUAAUUUCCACUGAAGCAGUAAGUAAGACUGGGACAUAUUGAGUAGCUCCUCCCACUUUUAAUAUAGAUUAUAUCGUGUUUAGUUUACAUUACAGUCUGGAGAAGAUGACUUUGCAGAGUAUAGUUGUAAAAUGUGAAUUUUAUCAAUGUUUUGAAGCACAUUGUUUUGUACAGUAUAUCCUUAAAGCUAAGAUAUUUAUACAAAAUGCCUAAAAAAAAUCAAGUUUGAUUUCACGUGGACUUAUUGGAUGUUGUUGUCAUCAUGUAUUUCGUACAUGUAUUUUUUUAUCUGUGAACUUUAGCUUUUUUAAGUUCCAAUCCGGUCUUAAUAACAAUUAGACACAGUUUUAGACACAGUGUUGUAUAUACUUACAGAAUUCACUAUGAAGUAAUACAAUGUUUUACAGAUCACUAAAAUAAAAGAAAUUUGAAUGUUUUUCAUUUAUUACU